AAAUUUGCUGCCCACGACACCAUGAUGAAAAAUCAUCGAACACUACCGCCACCCCCAUAAUGGCUCGCGAAGUUUUCAUAGCUUAGCCACCAACCUACGUGUAUUAACAUUGCAGCUGUUACCGUAUGUGGUAACAACGUAGGAAUCGACACACUUGCAUAUAGUUCAUAGAAAACAAUAUUGAUCAUUUUGCCGACUUUUUUAUAAGAGUGUACCCAGCGUCCUAUCCCCUUCCCUGAUUUUCGCUCAUGGAGCGAAACGAGCGAAAAGGUAACGUAAUAUCCGAAGCCGAAUGAACGAAGAUGGGGAGACGAAAAGGAGAUUGUCGAUUGAGAGGGGAGUCGUUGUUAGACAGCCGUGCACGAAACACCGAAGAAGAAAUGGGCUGUGAAAGUGACCAUGCGGAACGGCGUUAAGUGUUCGGUGACCGUUCUUCGUCAUUUAGGAUUCUCGUUAAAGUGUCCAACGCGGGAGCCUCGCCGGCUACCCAUUCAGGAAAUCCGGGAAGAAGCCACGUCGGCUACGUUACCAGUCUAAUAAGCUAUUCUUCACCGGUGCCGGGAUCAAACCUGACGAAUUCGGAAUCAAGCUCCUACGGAACCGGGAUCAAGUCUCUCCGGUUUUCCUAGAAAGACCGUCUCCGUGAUCAACCACCCCCCCCUCGGUCAUGUUCCCCGAAUAUCGAAAGCUGCGCCGAUUCAGACCAACGCACAUGUGUCGAGUAAUGCGGUCAGCCUACCCGGCUAUCCACCCGCAGUGCCGGGAUCAAGCCUCGACGGAGUCGGAAUCAAACAGCAACGGUUCCCGAACGAGCAUCUCCGUGGCCAACACUCACUUCGGCUAUACCCCGAUCGACACUGGAUCCGGAUAUCGAUGGAUAUACCAACAACGAGCCCAGCCCAUCAACCGAUCAGCAGGCUGUUCAUCGACUGAGCCGGGGAUGAGUCUCUUCGUUCCCCGUUGCCGGUACCGUAGGGUACCACAGACUAUAGUGGCCUCUACAGUGUCUUCAUUUCGAAUGGUUCAUAACUACGAUGCCAACUACAAAGGAACUGUAAGUCGUGCCAUUAAAACAAAAAAAGCUCCCGGUCUCGAUAGAAUCAGGAACGUACUACUAAAACAUUUUCCUAGAAAAGGACUUAUUCUAUUAACAAAGAUCCUCAACGCGUGUCUCAAGCUAUGCUACUUUCCAGUGAAAUGGAAACAUGCAUCGCUGAGGGACUGUGGAUUCGAUAAAUAUUCUAAAGAUAUUCCAGAUAUCCUAGAGGAGAUUGUGCUUAUCGAUGUAAUUGUCGAGCGGUACAAUUUUACCGGAACUCCGAAGAAAAAAUCCUCGAAGAAAGAUCAGUCGCUGGCAGAUAUUGAAGUUUUGGGAACAUCCAUGGAGAGCGUCCGGCUGCCAAGAAAAGGAACUGAGGGUCAGCAUCCACAGCGAUAG